GGAGACAUGAGAAUCUUUUCCUUAAUUGUUGCUGGGCUUGUUCUUCUCAUUCAACUUCACCCAGCCAAGGGCACACUGUACAGAAGGUUCCUCUGUAAAAAGAUGAAAGGACGAUGUGAAACUGCCUGCCUCUCCUUCGAAAAAAAGAUCGGGACCUGCCGAGCCAACUUAACACCACUGUGCUGCAAGGAGAAAAAGAAACACUGA